AUGGUGGCUCUAAACGAACACCCACUUCUCGCGACGAAGGCUCUAAACGAACACCCACUUCUCGUGAUGAAGGCUAUAAACCAACAGCCACUUCUCGUGAUGAAGGCCCUAAACCAACAGCCACUUCUCGUGAUGGAGGCUCAAAACCAACAACCACUUCUCGUGAUGAAGGCUCUAAAUCAACACCCACUUCUCGUGAUGAAGGCUCUAAACCAACAGCCACUUCUCGUGAUGAAGGCUCUAACCAAACACCCACUUCUCGUGAUGAAGGUUCUAAACCAACAACCACUUCUCGCAAUGAAGGCUCUAAACCAACAACAACUUCUCGUGAUGCAGACUCUAAUCCAACAACCACUUCUCGUGAUAAAGACUCUAAACCAACAACCACUUCUCGUGAUGAAGGCUCUAAACCAACACCUACUUCUCGUAAUGAAGGCUCUAAAUCAACAGACACUUCUCGUGACGAAGGCCCUUAACCAACACCCACUUCUCGUGAUGAAGGCUUUUAACCAAUAA